AUGGAGCCUUCGGUGGCUGCGGUGCCUGUAGCUGAAGAUGCCGGGCUUCCUGAAGGUGUGUGGAAGGAGACUCUUUCUGAGGCCGAUUGCGCCGCCCGGCCAAACGCUGGUGAUGAGGUCCAUAUCCAUUUCAGAGGAUGGUUGCCAGACGGGACGGAGUUUCACAACACUCAUCUUCAGUCCGGUGAUUUUCAAUUCACGCUCGGCGAGGGCGAGAUCAACAGGGGCCUGGAUCUUGGAAUUGCAACCAUGUGCAAAGGGGAGAGAGCAAAGUUUACUGUAGGUCCAGAGUUCGCAUACGGAGACGGCGUUCCUGGCAAAAUCCCGCCACAGGCAACUCUAACAUUUGAGGUCGAGCUGCUGUGGUGGAGAAGGACGAACUCCCUGACUUCUGACGGAGGUGUGGUGAAGGUGGUUCAGGUAGAGGGUACCGGCUUCAAGAAACCAUAUCCCGGGUGGACGAUCAAACUGCGGUACACCGGGUAUGUCGAAGGGGCCGAGUAUACGAGAAGUCCGGCAGAUGGAGUUGAAGCCAGCGUUUCAGGGCCGAACCCGCUGGACCUGCCGGAGAAAACCUGGCAACUUGUUGUGAUGUCCAUGUCGCAGCACGAGAAGGCCACCGUCACAUUGGCGCCGCAGUAUGGCUACGGCGGUUGCAAUCGAGCGUUCGACUCCAGAGUGCCGCGCGACGCCACGGUGACGCUGGAGCUGGAAUUGUUGGAUGUGUUCCUCGUGAAGGAUUGUGGUCUUUUCCAGAGAUGUGGAGAGAAAAACUUUCCACGGGUGAUCAAGAGGCAGCAGAUGGAUGGUGAUGCGUCCAAGAAGCCAAACAACCUGUCCCAGGUCUCGGCAGUCGUCAACGGCACCUUGGCAGGCACUGGCCUUCUAAUUGAGGUGAUGUGGGAAUUGAUUGCUGGAAAACGCUGUGAAGCCGUGGAAUGCGCUGUGCUGAGCAUGUCCAAAGGCGAGAGGUGUGUCGUUGUGGCAGAGGAUCCGGCGAUGUGUCAAGACGACGAGCUGGGCCUUUGUCCUAGUAGCGGCCCCGUGGAAAUCGAAGUUGAAUUAACCGACUUCCAGAGGACUCCGGACACUUGGGACCUCUUGCCAGUGCAACGAGUCGAGAAGGGCAAACAGCUGAAACAAAAGGGCGCGGACUUCAUGAAAGCCAAAGACUUUCGACGUGCUUGCUGGGUGUACAGGUCCGUGCAAGAUAUGAUGGGGUACGUGGACGAUUGGCCAGAGGAGCUACGCUCAGCUGGAGAGGAGCUUCGCCAGACAAGUCGCAGCAACGAAGUCAUGGCUUGGCUGAAGCUCGAACAGUUCCGCGACGUGGUGGACCUCUGUACUGAGAUUCUCAAUGGAGGCGGAAUCAGUUCGCCAGAUCCCGGCAACGUCAAGGCACUGUUUCGGCGAGGUGUUGCGCACCUCAGCAUAGGAGAGCCAGAGAAGGCAAAGCGUGACUUCCUUUCUGUGCUGGCGCACGACCCGCAAAACGCAGAAGCGAAGCAGCAGCUCGCCAGGGCGCGCUCCUCUGAGAAGGACCAGGCGAAGGAAAGCCAGAGCUUGAUGAGAGGAAUGAUCAGUGAGGCUGGGAAGCUGGACUAUCCCGUGGGCUACACCACUGCGGAAGGAGAUCGGGAAAGACAGCGUGACGCGAUGUUGGACACAGUCGACCAGAUCAAAGCACAAAUAGCCAAGGAGGUGAGACGACACAUCAACUGUUUCAAGUACACCGAAAGCCAGCUGGGCCAGAGUCUGCAAGAGGAGUUUCGCAUGGUUUCCGAGAAUCCCGAGUGCUACGCCGAGCUUCGUGUGACCCUGUACCCAGGAUUGAACACGGCAACACUGAUAGUGGAUAGCGCCAAUCGGGCUCAAAGUGUUGAGAAGCUGUCAGCUCGGCAAGCCUCGGCAACGUGUCCCGACUGCAACUGCCAGAGACUCACCGGAAGCAUGGCAUGGAUGGCGGGAGGGCCGCAGCCCACUGGAAGCGAUGCAGCAGAGCGUUGCAGGUGCUGGAACUGGUCCUGGAGACGCCGGGGCCCUCGUCUUGGUCUGGCCUUCCUGCAGAAAGGCUGGUCUCCGCUGCUCAUGCCGUGGCCCGAUGGCAUAGGCAAUCUGGCAGCAGCUUGUUGGUCCUUUGCCGCCACCUCCACGGGAGUACUUAAGCCUUCGCUCAUGGAGGCCGCCGUCGACCAAGCGGACAAACACUCUGCAGCAGACCUUGGGCGACUUGCCUGGGCCGCUGCGCAGCUUGCAGAUGCCUCUGCAGCCAGGAACGCCAUCCAUCGCAUUCUCGACGUGAUGGUGCAGAGAAUUCGGGAGCCUCAAGUAGGAAUACUCGAAACUUCGCAGGUGCUUUGGUCCAUGGCCCGAGUGGCUGUGAGAGAUGCCUCCGCUGCUGUGUCAGCCUUGAGGCUCAAGGCCAUCCGUGAGCUUCCGACCUGUGACAGCCGGUACUUGGCGAACUUGGCUUGGAGCUUCGUGAAAUUGAGCUGUGCAGAUGGACCUCUCCUGAAGCAUUUCGCUACUCAUGCACAAGGACGUGCUCAUGAUUUCGGUCCGCAAGAGCUCUCCAACACCCUGUGGGCUUUUGCAGCCGCAGCGCCGGCAGCGCAGGUCCAGGCGUUCCGGGACGACGCUGCCAGCCGCGCAGUGCAGGAGCUCUUUGCGAGUGCCGGAGAUAUCCAGCAGACCUUGAGCGGCCAGCACCUGGCGAACAUCUUCUGGGCUGCUGCCAGGCUGAACCCUGUCUUAGAGCAUCCAGAGCCCCUAGAGCCCGGACAGGGGCCAUGGACUCCAUGGACUCGGACCCGGCCGGGUUUCGCUUUGGGAGCCGUGGCACGGCGGCGCGUGGCGGAGCUGGCGCCCCAGCACCUCGCCGCGGUGGUCUGGGCCUGCGCGGCGGCUGGCGGGGCAUCGAUCCAAAGCAAGCGAUCUGGAGGCCACCGGGAUCCGGAGCUGCUGGCUGCACUCGAGGUCCGGAUUGUUUGCAGAAUGAGCGAGAUGUCCGCACGAGCGCUGGCCAACAUUUUGUGGGGGUUUGCGACUUUGGAGUUCUCUGGAAGCCCACCUGCCCACGCAGAGCUCUGUGCGGCUGCCGUGUCCCAAAGCCCGGAGAUGUCUGCUCAAGAGCUCUCCAUCACCGCGUGGUCGCUCGGAAGCCUUCGAGCAGUGGGCCACCUGAAGGACCUGGCAGCUGUGCUGAGCACGCGAGGCUUGGUGCCCAAUCUGCUGGCUGCCAAUGAGAUUGCCAACCUGGUUUGGGGCCUUAGUCAUGCACAGCUCCACGAGCCCGUUCCUGCUGGAGUCCUGGCUCUAGUUCAGGAUUGUAUUCAGGAGCUGGCCGAGGCGACAGACACUUCGCCGAUCGACCUCCGUGCUCUUGCCAUGCUGGCUCGUGGCCUGCUGAAGCUCCGCCUCCACGACGAGUUUGGUACCCUCCUAGACCAGGCACUUUUGAGCAUACCCGAACUCAGCCCGGAGUUGGCCAGCGUUUUCCUGACUGGGGCAGCGGAGUUGGGCGCUCGCCGAGGGAUUUGCGAGCGCCGCAUCUGGGCACACCUGGGCCUCGACGGACAUGUGCGGUGGCCUUCAAGGGCCGUGCGUGAGGCAGAGUUGCUCAACUUUGUGAAGUGCUUUGCUGCUAAAGGCAACGCGGAGGCCGUCCUCUCCACAGUGGAGGCUUUCUGCGAAAGCAGAAAACUGUGGCUCAAAGUGGCUGGUGGUGACAAGGCGCAGGUGCUGGAGCAGGUGGUGGAGACCCUGCGGCCGAAAUCGGUCUUGGAGGUUGGCUGCUAUGUGGGCUUCUCAGCCAUUCGUCUGGGAGCUGCCGUGCGGAGGUGGCAUGGCCGAGUCAUCAGUCUGGAAAUGGAUCCUGUUUUCGCUUUCAUAGCUCGAGACAUGGUGGCUCAUGCCGGUCUCGAGGAAGUUGUGGACGUGCGACUUGGACAUAGCGAGCUCUGCCUUGACAAGCUCGAUGCGGAGUCGUUUGACGUGGUGUUUUUCGACCAACGCGGGUCCCGCUUCCUGGAAGACCUGAAGCAGCUGGAGAAGUGUGAUGCACUGAGAAGGUCCACCGUUGUGGUCGCUGACAACGUUCUGAAGCCGGGUGCGCCCAGCUUCCUAUGGCAUGUGUGCUCCCGGCAUUCCAAACCGUGGAGGACAGUUCUGGUAGAACUCCGGGACUUUGGCACUUGUGGCGUGCCGGAUUGGAUGUCGGUGUCCCAAAGGCAAGCGGAAAAGGCUGCGGAGACGGACAGCGUACCUCCGGACGUGAUCCGGCACUUGGCAUGGCAGGCAGAUGAGAUGCGAUGGAGAAGUAUCGACUACGACGUAACGCCUCAAGAGUGGACGGAAUUUGCCAAGUACAUGAAGGCAUCAUUGAUCGCCGCCGGGCUGGAUGCUGAGCUGCGUGAGCUGUCUGCUUUGCAAGGCUGGCUGGAAGCCUCGGAGCAGGAAGCAGGUAGUGCCGACGGAGAUGCCGGCCAAUGGGGUGUGGCAGAUUGA